GGCGACUUUCGCAUCUGGCGGUGGAUGUCUCUGAUCAUGCGGUGUUUGAGACGGCAUUGAAGGACGCGUUGGAGCUGGAGGAGGAAGUUCACGGUCUGGUGAACUGUGCAGGAAUUGCGAGAUUGGAUCCUUUAUUGGAGAUGAGCAGUGAGUCUUUCGAUACUCAUAUUGACACCAACCUUGGUGGGCCAUUUGUGGCUACUAAGGUGGUGGGCAAUGCGAUGAAGGAUAGAGGCAUCAAGGGCUCCAUCGUGAAUAUGAGCUCUCAAGCUUCAUCGAUAGCCUUACCCCGUCACACAGGGUAUUGCUGUUCUAAAGCUGGGUUGGAUAUGCUCACUAAGAUGACGGCUCUGGAGUUGGGUCCAUACGGCAUCCGUUGUAACUCCGUGUGCCCUACAGUUGUGAUGACCCCAAUGGGCUUGAGGGUAUGGGGAGUAGAGGAUAAGGCCAAGCCUAUGAGGGACCGUAUACCCCUUGGGAGGUUCGCUGAGAUGAGUGAGGUCACAUCGGCUGUGCUGUAUCUCCUUAGUGAUGCAUCGUCUAUGACCACUGGAGUAGUUUCUGUGGAUAGUGAGGUCUUGAGUAGGCUCACGGCGGGUGGGGAUAAGAUCUUGACUAGACAGAUGUUGCAGCUGAGGUGCCGCUCGGACCGGCUGGACAUGAUCACCAAGCUCAAUCUCUGGGGCAGCGACUUGGGAGAUGUGAGCGUCAUUGGCGAGGCCCUGCCGGCGUUGGAGGUGUGCAGUCUUAGUGUGAACCGUAUAAGGACGUUGAGUGGGUUCAAGGGAUGUAACAGCCUUCGAGAGCUGUAUCUGCGUAAAAACGCUGUGAGUGAUGUGGAGGAAGUGGAGCACCUAAGGCGUCAUUGUCGGUGUCUAGAG